AUGGAAAAUGCACCAGCAAUAAAGACUAAUGAAGCUAAUUUAGAAGAAUUAAACAAGAAAAUUGUUGAGAUUAAAAGAAAAAUUGUUCUUAAAGAGGGUCAGAAGAAAGCAAACGUCGAGGAAUGGGAUGUCGACAAGAAACAUUUUACAGAAAAAAUUAACGACUUCAAAAAAGAAAUAAAAAUUCUUACUUCGAAACUUAAAUUUCUUCACAAUCCAACAAAACAGAACCAGAAGCAAGUACAACAAGAUUCGACAUUGCAGCAACAAAAGAAAAUCCCACUCCCAAAAGGAGCGAAAAAUUACGAUGAAGGAGUUCAUAUUAUCGAUCUACAAAUCAUUGAUUUAAAAAAGCAAAAUGAUUUAUUCCAUGCGAAAAUUCUUAAGAAGCAACAGUAUUGUGAAAAAUUGAAGUUGGAAUUCCAUAAAUUGAUUAAUUAUAAGAAUGAGAAAAAUGCGACAGCAACGUCUUACAGACCACCAGAAACAAUGGAGGAAGAUCGAAAUCGAAAGCUUAUAACCCGUCUUGAAAAUGAAAUUCAUAAAAUGGAAGUUCAAUGGAAUGAGGCGGAACACAUUCGAAAGAAAUAUCACUGUAUCAAAAAUUCGCUGAUGAGUGAUUCGGAGAGAUUUGAAAGUACUUUACUUAAAAUGGAAGCAGCAAUUAAGGAACAACAGCAAGAGAUUAAUAAACUUCAAGCUGUAUAUCAAGAAGCUUUACAAAUGAGAGAUGCAACAAAAGGAAUUCUUUCUAAACAAGAACAAGCUACAAAUUCAUCAAAUAGAGCGAGAGAGCGUCAAGCUGCUGAAUUUCGUCGACAAGUUGAGAAUCGCAAGGCAGAGCUUGAACGUCUCGAGAGGAAAAUUUUUGCCACUGGCACGAAAAUCAUUCAUCAAGAGAGUGCCGCAAGCAGUGGUAAGAUUGAUGAUGAAGACACAUCGAUACGCGACAAUAAGACGACGAUGGAAGGCAAUUUUAAGAAACUAAUGACAGCUACAGGCAUAACGGCUUCAAACGAAUUAGUAGACCGUUUUUUGGCACAGAGGGAGGCAAGCGCACGCCUUACAUACCUACGUAAUGUUACAGAACACGAGAAAAAGAGAUUAGAGUCGCAACGUGAACAAAUGACGCAGCAACUUGACGUCUUUAAAUUUAGUGAUAAUCGUGAGAAUGAAGUAAAUCAAGAAGAGCUUGAAAAAGUUAAGAAAGAUAUUGACGAAGAGAAGAAACGAAAAACAAUUUUAGAAGAGGAAGCUCAUCGAACGAAUAUUGUUUUACAAUCCAUUAAGGAUGCUCUUGUUGAGAUGGUUUUAAAGCUUCAAGAGGUGGAUGAAAUGACGGCUGAUAUACAAGCAAGAAGAGUGGGAGGAGAAAAAGCCACAAAUGUUCCAUUACCUGAUUUGGUAUCUGGAAAUAUUUCAACAGAAAAAAUUGUAAAGAUGUUGGAAGAAAAGGUAAAGGUUGGAAUGAUUGCCUCAGGUCAAUUGGAGGGAAUUGACAGUGGAUUAUCAGAUGACGAAGAAGAAGCUGAAACUAAAUCAAUUGUGUCGGUAAAGAAAGAAAGCAUUGAAGGGAAGGAAAGAGUCAAAUCACCGUCAAUAAGAAAUUUCGCUAUUGAUGAAAAGCCAACUCCAUAUCCUCAAGUUUAUUCCAGUCUCAUUACUGGGAGAAGCACGGGAUUAGUCUCAGCAUCGCCUGGAGCAGGAGGAGGCGUGGGAUCGGAAGAGGAAGCAGAUGUUCCCAGCAGAUCUUUUCUUAAACGACAAGCCAAUCUCAUUUUGGAUGCUAAAUCCCGUCGAAAGUUUAGACAAGCACCAGCGACAAGACGAAAAUAAAAGACUUAUUCUGUGGGGAAAACUUUUAUAUACGGAAGGAAAACUUCGAAUUGAUUUUUUUUUCUUUUAAUUUUUACGUCACAAACAUUUACGUUAAAAGUUUCAUAUUUUAGUUUUGACUGAGACACGAUAAAAGAAUAAAAUUGAAUUUUAAAAAGAAAA